CACUCGCGAGGAGGUUAUUACAGGGGGAGAGAGGGAGGGGAAAAAGGGCAGCGUACAAAAUAUAAACGAAGGAACAUUUCGAAAACGCAAUGAAGCAUUGCCAUAUGCACAGUUAAUGUCAACCCUUAGAAAACAACACAAUGGUAAAACGUCUCCAAAACAGGAAUUCGGGGGAGCGAGGUGCGCGUGAAAACGGAAUCUUCAUCACCUUUUUCAUCGCGCCUGGGAUUUGAGCCAUUACCGCCUGCGGGGAAACUGAAAUAUUAAUAUUAAUGGUAUUACUUCAAUCGACAAAUCGUGUUGAUUGAUUGUUGUUUAUUUCUACUCAUUGGUUCAUUUCUAGCGAUCCAGAGAACGCUGAGCUUCAGAAACAUUCCGGUAUUGUUUUUGUGAAUGAGAUUUUUUUAGGUGAAAUUUUUUAACGUCGCAAUGAACUGCACCAGAGGUUUCAGCCCGAGUCGGAUACGCCGCGUCUGAUGAAAGAAAUGGAAAGUAAAUAACUGCAUUAUCUUUCUGUCUCUCUUUUUCUUUUUUCCCCCCCAAAUACUUCCUUCGCCUCUUUCCGGAUACAUAUUCACAAUGACGCUAUUUUCCCCUGUUCCCUUCGCAACCUUAGCCUGAAGAUUGCAAUAUCAUCAGCAUCCAGAGUGAGGUUGUGUUGUUUGUUUCUACAGCUAGGUAUCGUCAAUGUUUUCUAUUCUAUUUCCCUCUGCGUCAAGCCGCAGUUCGUUGUUCAUGUACCGCCAGCUAUGUGCAGAACAGUAUUUGUCCCAUUAUUUGAACAUUGUCUAAUGGGCACAAGAAACGGAUUUGGCCAUCUGUAAGCCACACACUGAUGAAAAUGGCCUGAUUUUGUUUCGUAAUAAAAUCGGACUGCAAAUGAUAUUGGGUUUUAAAUUAUUAAUAGCUUGAAAAGAGUUCUAUACAAAACCAUACAGUUCAACUAAUAGCCAGCUUUUGAUCACUCGUCACCAGUGUGAAUAUUCACGGCUCGUAUCUCGUGUCUGGAUGUGAAAUCAACCACAGAAACACAGGUUACUACAGGAGGGGCGGUCUUUGAGGCCUGUCUCCCUCUCCGUAUCCUCCUCUCCUGAUUGGCCCCCAUACGAUGAGCUCUGGCUCCGCCCAGGAUGUGGCGGUGGAGCACUUCCUGCGUGACAUCGAGAGGCGGGGCGAACAGCUGCACUGCACUGUGAUUGCCCACAAGGGGGAGAAGCCCCAAGCCGGGAUGAAUCUGCUCAAUCGCAAGAACCGUCUGGACUGGAGGAAUCGAGACCCUGAGAACAGCAAAAAGGGCUCGGGUGAGAAGGACCCCUCGGCAACCGUGGGUAAAGUUCGCGACCUGGCGUCCUUCCGCCGCCACUUCCGGAUGGGGUUCAUGACAAUGCCCGCCUCUCAGGACCUCUCCCCGCGGCCCUGUGCCUCCGCCAUGGCGCCCCGCUCGCAGUCCUGCCACGCUGUGGGGGGAGGGGGCGGUGGCCUAGAGAACGGCAACUACUCGCCCCCCCCGCCUGUGCUGGGCUCCUCCUCCUCCUCGUUCAGCGGCCGCUGCCCGCCCGCCAAGCCGAAACGCCACCCCAGCACACGGCUCAGCUCCACAACUGAGCCCCCGCCGGACAGCCUGAAACCACCUCCAGCCACACAGCCAAGCACCAAACACCCAGAGAAAAGGACCAUCAUUAAGAAGUCAGACUCGGGGGAGGUGUCUGGGAAAAAGGUCCCGCCCCUCAAGCCCAAACGGAGCCCCAACACUCAGCUGUCUGUGGACCCCCCUCCGCCCCGGGUCCCGCCCCCAGCCACGCCACUUCCCUGCCUAUCCCAGGAGGUAGCAGGGCCCCAGGAGGAUGGCGAUGAGGAGCCAGUGUACAUCGAGAUGGUGGGGCAGGUGUUUACACGGGACAGCCAGAACCCCACCCCGCACCCCCCCACCCCUGCUGCGGCCACCACUCCCGACUCGGACUCGGAUCAGAGCGAGGCCAUUUACGAGGAGAUGAAGUACUCUCAGCUGGAGGAGGCGGAGCCUCAGGGCCGCCCCACCAACAAACAGGACAAACUGAAACCCUCCAAACCCGCCCACUCUCCUGGCCCUCCCUCCUCACCCUCCCCACUCCCCCACCCCCCGCCUUCCUCCACCUCCAAACCCAAAGCGACUGUCUCUAUCUCUCACUCCUCCCCACUCCCCUCCUCCUCUACCUCCUCCACCCCAGUUCCCCAGCCGCUCUGCUCCAGCCCCCAGCCCCCCCGCGCCCCUACCCCCUUCCUCCUGGCCGGGAGCAAGCCCCAGUCGGACUCUGGCAAUAAGAUUCCCGCCCCCUUCCCGAACCUGCUCCAGCACCGCCCCCCUCUGCUGGCCUUCCCUCAGCCGGCAGCUGCCUCCAGUGGAGUGGGGGCCCAAAUCAAACCUGCGCCUCCUAAACUGGGAACAGUUAGCAUUCAGGCCCCCGUCAGUCCCUCGGUAGGGAGUACCACUCCCACCCCACCCCCUACCUCCUCCUCCUCUAAGCUCCCGGUCCCUCACUCGGGCCCCAAAGAUUCUGUGGGCGGAGGUGGGGCCGGUCAGGACAAGCUGACAGACAGGAAGGAGGCGCUGCUGGGUCCAGCCCCAGCACUGCGGGCUCGGAGCCACUCCACACCCCUCCCCCCCUCCUCCCAGUCCUCCUCCCACUACUCCCACCACCACCACCACCCACACCACCACCCCUCCCACUACCACCACUACCGCCGCCCAGAGAAGGAGCUCCCCACCUCCCACAGCAUGAAACUGGGGCCCCAGUCUGCGGCCCACACCCCCACCCCGAGUGCGGCCAAGGAGGGCAAGAGUGUGGCCUUCCUCCUGAAGCCUGACAAACGAGAGCGGGACAGGGAAAGAGAGGCGGGGGCCUACCCCCCAACCCCAAUCCAGCCAACCCCCACCUCCACCCCCACCCCCAACUCCAACAACACCACCACUACCACCACGCAAACCAGCGCAAACACGGCGCCCUCUCCUGCGCCGCCGCCUUCGUCAUCCUCCUCUUCCUCCUCCUCACAGCGUCCCCCGUCCCGCUCGCUCCUCCAGCGCUCCCACACCCCCCACCCCCCGACCCAUGCCCUGCCGGCCUACAAGCCCCCUCCCUCAGACAGCCCGCUUCUGUGGACUUACCCCUCCGUGGGUCUGCGGGGGAGACCCCCUGCCUAUGAGAGCCUGCGGGGUGGGGGUCUGCUGGAGUCCUCACACCCCCAGGGACCCUCCUCGCUCCCCAGUGCUGGGGAAAGCACCCCCAAAGGCAGCGCUGCCCCCCUGUCCCAGCAGAGGAAAGGAGGGAGUCUGUCCCGGGACGGGAGUGGGGGAGGCAUGGGGACCAUGCAGAGGAAGCUGUCCUUCAGCCAUGGCCGAGAGACAGAGAGUGAAGACAGUCGCGUGUGGAACGGCAGCACCGACGCUACCCCCAGGCCGGAGAAGGAUGAGCCGGGCAUGGGGGGGCAGUCAGGCAUCCCCGUGCGCUCAGCCAGAGGAGGCGGGGUCUGUGAGGGCGGGGCAGGAGGAGGGAGCUCGGCAACACGAGGCGUGGCCAGAUCCGGACUCCCGUUACCAUGCCAACCCUUCCCGGCAUUCCAUCAGAACGGAGAGCUGGGCCGCUCAGCCUCCAUUUCGGCUGUGAGGCAGGUGGCCAGUAACGUGCAGAGACAGAGCAGCCUGCCCCCUGGAGGGGUGCUGAAUCAGCUACAAGGUCACCCCCACUCCCAGCCCAGUACCCCACCUCUGUCCCACCAACAGCAGCAGCUGCAGCUACACCAGCAGCAGCUCCAGCAGCAGCUCCAGCUCCAGCUGCACUACCAACACCUCGCCCAGCUGGCGCAGGUCCAGCCUCCUGCCAGUGGGGGCGCCACCUCCACUCAGGCCCAGCAUGCCCAGAGGGACGGGAAGCUGCUGGAGGUGAUCGAAAGGAAACGGUGCCUGUGCAGGGAGAUCAAGGCUCACAGACGUCCAGACAGGAGCCUGUGCAAGCAGGACAGCAUGCCCAACCUGCCUAGCUGGAGGAAGGCCCCCGAGGCCAGCAAGGCGGCCCCACCUUCUCAGGCACAGCAGGCUAUUCUGUGGGACACAGCCAUCUGAGGGGUGGGGGGCAUGGAGGAAGGGGUGGGCACAUAGAGUGACAGCCAACCAAUCAAAUGGACAGAUGGUGACCGUGUGACAUUGCCAUCUUUGAGGAGGUGUCGAGAGCUGGUGUUUUCCCAGAAUUAAUGGGAGUGCCUUGCCACUGCCCUAACCCCCCACCCUCCACCCACCAGACUAUAGAAACUGGGAGAGGGAAAAAACAAGGAGAUAGAGAAGAGGGGGUGAGAAAUAAUGCUCGUACACACAUGUGCAUGGAGCGCCAUUUUGCUUGAAGGUAGAGGGAGAAUCCAGCUGACGCAUUCUGUAACAUUCUCACGAUGUCUCAGUAACGUUCCAGCCACGUUGAGAUGAAGAGGAGGAAGAGGAGUCAGAACUUAAGAAGAUCAUUCAUGUGAACUUCACACGUUUCACAUUUAUCUACUGCGACUGUGACUCUUUGUGUCCGCUCUCUGAGCAAGGCCUGUGGAGCCCACAAUCACGCCUGUGUCACAUCCAGGAGGCAGGGACACGCAGAGGGAGAGGAACAAAACACACACACACACACACACACACACACAUGCACACAC